CAACCUCAGCCCACAGGGCCUGCCAGCCUACAGCGCCCCGCGAGGCUCAAACUUCCCGCGUGCAACAAAAAGCAGACACGGAAAGCGCACUGUCAGUCAGUCCACGCGCAGCUGAGCCUCCGCGCGGACAACAGGGGCGACAGGGGGCCAAACACACACACACUCACACACUCACACACUCACACACUCUCUCUCUUUCACACACACACAACGCAAACACAGGCGGCACGAGCCAGCUGGUGGGUUCGGAGUUGCUUUUACCUCGCGCGCGGUAGUGUGAGAGGCAGCGCGCGCAGUACUGUUUAGUUUAGUUGGUGUUUGGAUGAAUCGGAGCUUCAGGCUGAGUCGAGAUCUGGAUUCGGAGCCGCAGCAGCAGCAGAGAUGUCCCGGAGGAAGCAGAGCAAACCACGCCAGUUCAAACGAGUGUUUGGGAGUGGGCAGACGGAGUGUGAGGAUGGAGGAUGUGAGGAGAGAGGGUUGCUGAAGGAUGAUGAAGUGUGUCCAGAGGAAGCACACACACCUUUCUCUUUAGAGCCUGAAAACUUUCCCUUUAAAGAUGAGGACUUCUCCAAGAAAGGUGGUGUGUGUGGAGGUCAGGAGACGGGGCAGGAGGAGAGUGAAGGAGGAGAUGAGAGGGUCCGGUCCAGCCCGCCGGGGUCUGAAGAAUGGGACGGCCCGAGAGAGUUGGAGGUGGUCAGUGAUGGAGGGGAGAAAAGCCUUCGUUCUCGGCAGGUGCUUCCUCCAGGCACCACAUGGGGGCCUUUCCUAGGAAAAAUAGAAACAUCCGCAGGAGGAAAUGAUGCAGUGCCGCUGGUGUUGAGCGGAGGUCCGCGGUGGCUGGGGGAAAUGACGUGGGUCAGCGCAGAGGACUCAAAAAAUAACUGCAUGGUUUACAGUAAAGGAGGACAUGUAUGGUGCUCUACCACAAAGAAUGUGAUGGAUGGGGAGGAGCUUGCAGCAUGCAUCAUGGAUUUCUGCCCUCAGUUCCAGACAGCAGCUUCUGCCCCCCAUGGGCAGGGCAUGUACCCGGCAAGGCUGCUGGACGGCAUCCAGCUUCUCCCCCAGCAGGCCGCCAUGGCCUCCAUCCUGCCCAAUGCUAUCGUCAACAAGGACAUAUUUUUGUGCAAAUCCUGCGGGAUCUGGUUUAGGAGUGAGAGGAACCUGCAGGCCCAUCUCAUGUACUACUGCAGCGGCCGGCAGAGGGACACUGAAAUGGCCACAGAAAAAACAACCAACACAGGCCAUCAAAUGCCCCGUGUCUGCACUUACCCACAAUGCAACAUGAGCUUCUCGGGUUCACAUGCUCUAGAAAUGCACAUGUCCACACACACUGCUUUUAAGACAGAGGAGACCCCUGCUGGAAACAGUUUGAAGUGCACUAUUUGCGACUACACAGCUGAGACGCUUGUGGCGCUCCAGCCCCAUAUCUUAUCCCACCUGUCUCAGACUGGACUCAGAUGCAGUCACUGCCACUUCACUUUCCAGACACUCAGAGAGCUGUCCAAGCACCAGGAACUGCACAGACACGGUGCUGCUGGCAGCAAACUUGCUAAAGAGAGCGAAGUGGAGCAACCUCAAAGCCUCGGGGCAGACAGUCCGAAGCAUGGUAGACGCGAUUUGAGCAGGAAAGACACCCUAGAAAGCCCCGCGCGCCGAGAAGUGGGUCAAAGCGCGGAGCAAGAAAGUGAUCAACAGGGACAGUCCAUUGCGAAGGCUGAGGUUAACUCAGGAAACAGAGCUAGUUUUUCCUACACUAGAGUGAAAUCUGAACCCUCCAGCCCCCGCUUAGCUUCAUCUCCGAUCCAGCACCAUAUGACCCCGGCGUUUCCAAUGCCACCGUUUGUGCCCCAUGUUCCCUUCUCACAGGAAAUCACUGCUGUUCCACAGGCUUCUGAGAUUCUGGCUAAAAUGUCAGAGCUGGUUCAUCGAAGGCUGCGCCACGGUGGGAAUAGUUACCCCCCAGUAAUGUACAGCACGCUGGUGCCCAAAGGAGCAACUUGCUUCGAAUGCAAUAUCAGUUUCAGCAACCUGGACAAUUAUUUGGUUCACAAGAAGCACUACUGUAACAGUCGCUGGCAGCAUAUGGCCAAGCCGCAUGACUACACCAGCAUUUUAGACAAGGCCGUGGACCCACUGAGUCCUAAGACUGGGAGUGGCUUAGCUAGCAUGCUAAGUGCUGGUCAUCCCCCUGAUAUCAAAGGUCACGAAUCAGCCCAGUUUAACCCAUCUGUCUGUGACACUUUUGUUGCAGGAGGCAAAGCUCCUGAUGAAUUCACAGUGCAGGUUAAGAAAGCAUCAACACCUUCUGGUGCGGAGGAGAAGCCAAACGGCAUGCAGUUAGACUCGAAGAGUCCAAAAAUCUCCCCUACGGAAAGCGCCAUGGACCCCAGCCAUACAACAUGCGACGCCUGCAAGAUCACUUUCAGCCGCCAAGAAACCUACAUGGUGCACAAGCAGUACUACUGUGCCACCCGCCACGACCCACCAGCGAAACGAGCAAACAGCAACAAAUCAGCAGCCAAUCAGAAGUCAGUUCGUGCUCGCAAGAGAAGGAAGGCCUAUGAGAUGCCGGUUCACGAACAAGAGCAAAUGCAGCCCAUGGGACCUCCAUCUUACCUAGGGAUGGCAACUAUUGGCAGUCCCUUCAUGUCCCAGGAUGUGAUGGAAAGUCUCAAGGACCAGUUUCAUCAGCGGUACAACAUAAUCCAGGGCUUGGUUCCUAAGCACCCAGAACCUUCCUUGACAGGUACAAAGUCAGCCCUGGUGUCAAAGUGCAAUGCAAUAGCUCAAGAGGAAGGUGACGUACCCAUAGAUCUCAGCAAAAAAUGUAUGGCACAGUUUGGUAAAAUCUCACUUCCUACAAAACUACUAAUGGACUAUCAUGAGUGUGCAGUCUGCAAGAUAAGCUUCAACAAAGUUGAGGAUUACCUGACCCACAAACAGAACUUCUGUCCAGGUAACGCUCUCGACAGCAAGGCUCCGAGCAUUAAAAAAGAAGCCUCAGUAAACACAAACAGCAACAACAGCGCCACAGAAAAGUUCAGCAAGAAUGGCGGUUUUGAGCACCCAGUUCCAAAUGCCGGUAUCACCCCAACACAUGCUGUGACAAUGACAUCUGAUGUUGGAACAUCUCCAGAGCAGCGUGCAGUUGUCAUCAAAGAAGAAUGCAACACGCAGCUUCUUGAGUGCUACCCAAGCUCAGCUAAGAAAAUGAGAGCAGAUGAGCAAAUAUGGCCAUACUAUGAGAUCAAGCCAACUGAUUACGCCACAGGGAUGCUUGUUACACAAAGUGAGCAGAGACAGAGUCCGAAUGAGGGCAGCGAGGGCGAGAAAGACCAACCGAUGCCCAACGGUAGCCACAUUGGUACUGAAGAUGCUGAGGAGAACUUAAAAAUCACAACCAAGGGGCAGACUCCAGCCUUAAAUGACUGCCUCCCGCCUGAGGACAAGCCAGCUGAAGAAGAUAUGGAAGCGAACGGCCUUCCUACCCCAGAUAAUCACUUGACUUUCCCAACUGCAGACCCGGAAGACUCUACAAAAGCAAAGGAGAGUGCACCAGCUUCUUCACCAGCGGAGGAGGUUCCAUCCAGCAUAAAGAAAGGCCUAAAUGGAUCAAUCUCCACCACUGCUAAUGUGAAGUACUGCCGUCCUUGUGACAUCCAGUUCAAUAACUUGUCAAACUUUAUAACGCACAAGAAGUUCUAUUGCUCAGCACCGACGACAGAGCAUGUGAAAUGAACCCUCACCUUUUAUCGCAAUGCACCGUGCCCGUUUACACCACAGCAGACGGACAAUCAAAUCAGGAGAUUUAUCCUUCAGUGAAUAGUGAAUUUUGAAAUGUUUGUUGAAAGAGUAUUGUGUGUACUAUUUUUGCCUCUUUGUGAUGUAUUUAUUUAUUUCUGAAAAUAUUUCUAACAGUAAACUAAUACAGAUUUGAGAUAAGAAUAUAAUCAUCUUCACUUGGAGUCACACAAAUAAGGCUACACACUUAAAGGAAUAAUUUAAAUAAAAAAUGGAAAAUAACAAGCAAAAUACACUGUAGAUUGCAGAGCAUAUCUCUGUUUAGACCACUGUGUCCACAUUUUUACAAUCCUGAAACACUUAUAAUGAAGGUCCUUCUGAAAAUAAUGGCAUACUUGUCAGUAUGUGUAGGUUCUGUGUCCUUGUUGUUAUUUACAAUUAUUUACACUUGAAUGUUUUUGUUGGUUUGGUUUUGUUCAUAUUUUGCUCAUGCAGAAUUCUUCUAAAAAGUACUUGUACGUGUUUGCUGGUUCUUUAGUCUCUCUUUUUAAAACUUGGCUUCCAAUGCAAUACUUUUUGAAAGAUGAACCAUUAGCAGUAUUAUGAAAGAGAGACUUUUUUGCCUACUUGGACCCCAGAAAUUGUCUGUGGAAAUUUACAAGCUACAGCAAGACAAGUUUACUUGUCUUGCUGAACACAAGGGAAAGGGGUUAACACUUGAAAAAGAGGACUCAGUGUAUUCUUUACAAUAGAAAAAAGUAUUAUGUUGUCAAAACUGUGUUGCUAUGCAUGUACCUGUAUGGAAUGAAAUUCCAGAUGUUUGACAUUUUGAUUUUAUGUGGCAUCCAAAUUAAAAUUCUAA